ACUCACAAGAAGAUCCCACAAACCCCAUAAAAGCUCUCUGCUCUCUCUCUCUCUCGUCUCACUCUUCUCACACCGGGAAGAACAAAGUUGGUGAAGUCUCCGGCAGGGAUAACUCAGCUUCACCGAUGAUCACAUGCAUGCAAGAUAAUCCAUCGAUGUUUAGACUUCGAGCUUCCAAGUUUCUACUACUCUCUGUUCUCAUCUUGAGCCAGUUUCUAUCUACUCAACUCCUUGCUCAAAGAUCUAAAUCUCCAUGGCAGACACUCACUGGAGAGGCUCCUCUUGUCAUUGCACGUGGUGGGUUUUCUGGGUUGUUUCCAGAUUCAAGCGUAACUGCUUACAGUUUUGUGUCGGCUACAAGUGUUCCCGAUGCUGUUUUGUGGUGUGAUGUGCAACUUACAAAGGAUGGAGUUGGGAUUUGCUUCCCUGAUGUGACCAUGUACAAAGAUUCUAACGUCCAAGAUGCUUACCCUAAACGGAAAAACUCUUACCUUCUUAACGGAGUCCCUACUCAGGACUGGUUCACCAUUGACUUCACCUCCAAGGAUCUCAAAAGCGUGUUCUUGAUCCGAGGGAUAUUAUCACGUUCACCCGCAUUCGAUGACAACAGAAACGUUAUUUCAACAGUUGAGAACAUAGCUACGCAGUUCAAACCUGCGGGGUUUUGGCUAAAUGUUCAGCACGACGCGUUCUAUGCGCAACACAAUCUAAGCAUGAGCGGAUUUCUGCUAUCAGUUUCCAAAACUGUGACCAUCGACUACCUCUCUUCCCCUGAAUUGAAGUUCUUCCGGGACAUCGGUAGCCGGUUUGGUAAAACCGGGCCAAAGUUUGUGUUCAGGUUCCUUGAGAAAGAUGACGUUGAGGUGUUCUUGGUUGAAUUCAAGACGUUUGCUUCAGGCGUUCUUGGUUGACUUCAAGACGUUUGCUUCAGGCGUUCUUGGUUGACUUCAAGAAACAGAGCCCAUACGAGACAGUAUACCAAGUGAAAGAAACACUCGACUACAUCUUCGACUCUGCGAUCGAAGACAUUAAGAAGUUGGCUGUUGUUGUCAGCAGACUAUCGGUCUACUCGGUCAGCGCUAGCUUCUUCAUCACCGGACAGACUAAUCUAGUGGAGAAGCUGCACAAGUUUAGCCUGUCCGGUGAGGAAGAAGCUAGCGCUGACCGAGUAGACCGAUAGUCUACUGACAACAACAGCGUCAGCCAACUUCUUAAUGUCUUCGAUCGCAGAGUCGAAGAUGUCGCCGAGUGUUUCUUCCACUUGGUAUACUGUCUCGUAUGGGCUCUGUUUCUUGAAGUCAACCAAGAUCAGCCUCCGUGUUUUUAAAUGCAAGGAGGGAGUAGCUUAGAUACUCAAAUCACUCAUAUCUAUUCUUGUUGGAACUAUUUUUGAGCAUUAUGAAAAAUGUAUUCAUAUGCUAAAAAUAUAGUUAGUGUGAAUGAGAAAUGGAAGUUCAUAGUGGGUU